AUGGACGGCAUCAAUUAUGCUCUGCUGGAUGUGACACUAUAUAGCAUUGGAGCCAGAAAUCUAGUGGUGAACAACAUAGGUCCUCUGGGAUGCUUGCCGUCGGUGAUAAACAAGACAGGAAAUGGGCAGUGCGAUGAACAGAUGAAUCAAAAUAUCAUGCCAUACAACUCGAAACUUCCUCAGACACUAAAAAAUAUCCAGGAUGAAUAUCCUGAUGCUACCCUCACUCUGGCCAACAGCCAUGAUCUUCUUCAAGAUAUAUUGGCAGACACUGAAAAAUAUGGGUUUACAGAUGUAAAAGAUCCGUGUUGCGGAGCCUAUGUUAAUGGGAAACUAGCUUGCAUCCCAAACUCUACACCAUGUGACAAUAGAUGUCAAAUCUCUUCUUUGAUGAGAACCACACUAGUGAAUUUGCAAAUUGUAUCUUUGUUCGAGACAUGCUUAUUAAGGAUUGAGGGAUCAACAAGUUUGCUAGUUUGA